GCGCUUUUUUACAUCCCAUACUUGGAAGCUAGCGAGUAAACGCUGCGACGGUCGCGGAGCCGACCAGAGUGAAUUACGAGACGGCGGAACAGACGUCGAAGCCUUUGCUCGGAGCUCGAAGAUGGUCAAUUUGAUUGAUCAGGAUCAACAGUGGCUUCUCAAUUGCUUGUCCGCCACUCUUGACCCCAACCAGGAGGUUCGCUCAUUCGCUGAAGCCUAGCUAAAUCAGGCAUCUCUCCAACCAGAACAGUAAAUGAAUCGCAUUUACGCCUCGUUGGUGUGGAUAUGCGAUUGUGUUAGGCAGGAUUGAUAUGUCAUAUACAUACGUUUCUGUACUGUACGAAGAUCAGGAACAGAUUAAGUUUUCUGGUUUUGGGGUUGCAUUAUCCAAAGUCACUGCGAACAUGGAGCUUCCAGUAGGAUUGCGCCAGCUAGCUGCAGUCCUUCUAAAGCAGUUCAUCAAAAAACACUGGCAGGAGGGUGACGAAUUAUUUGAACAUCCCGCUGUUUCUGAUGAUGAUAAGGCAGUCAUUCGCAAGCUUCUUUUGUUAACUUUGGAUGAUUCCCAUACGAAAAUUUGUACAGCAAUUAGUAUGGCCGUGGCAUCAAUUGCAAUAUAUGACUGGCCAGAGGAAUGGCCUGAGCUAUUGCCUUACCUCUUAAAUUUGAUGAAUAAUCGAAUUAAUAUGAAUGGCGUACAUGGAGGUUUAAGGUGCUUGGCUCUACUCUCUGGGGAAUUGGAUUGUGAAAUGAUUCCAAGACUAGUACCUGCUUUGUUCCCACACUUGUUUUCAAUUGUUUCAUCCCCAGAGGGCUUAAUGAUCCUACAAAUUUUUGGUGUGGAAUCGAUAGUCUUUAGCUUGCUGCUUCUUCAAGUUGGUUUACAGGUCAGUUAUGGAAUAAAGUGAGACCUCGUCACUGUCAACACUUCGGGUUGCGAUUAUAAGAGCCGAUGCCCACCGCUAGCAGAUAUUGUCCUCUUUGGGCUUUCCCUUCUGGACUUCCCCUCAAGGUUUUAAAAUACGUCUAUUAGGGAGAGAUCACACCCUUAUAAAGAAUGCUUCGUUCUUCUCCCCAACCGAUGUGGGAGAUCUCACAACGCAAGUGUAACUUAAGAAGUUGCUUAUUUGAGAAAUGUUCUACAAUUAGCAACAAAUCUCAAUGAUAGGACAAUGAGAAGGAUGGUUUGCUUCCUUUGCUGUAGCACCCAACAAAAAGAAAAGCUUAAACUGCACCAUAGAAGUAGAAGCAUCUAAUGCCCCCCCACCCUUAAAGUUCUACUUUGUAGGGUUGUUGGAGCACAGGAAUGGGCCCCUUCUUGAUUCAACAGCAGCACAGCACAGCACAGCACAAUUAAUGGCACAAUGCCCUCUUUUUGGGUUUCUUUUUUGCAGCUCCCACUGAUGUUAGUGCAGUGGCUUGAGCAUCUUGCACCAUGUUUAUUCGCUUACAAACAUUAGUAUAAUGUAAAGGAAUAGGCUAAAGAAAAGAAACAAGGCAGCCUGUUGGUUGUUACCAAAAGGCCAUAUGAUUAUAGCUU